CGAAAUUUGUAUUCGUGCCAAUUUAUCCGGAAAACUGAAAUGUCUCACUAGACUUGGCGGCUUUCGACCACCAUGGACGAGAACGAUGAAGUCUUCGUGCACCAUCCCAAGGCACGGGAGGCGCGACGCGUGCUUGUCCAUGCCAUUGCAUCUGCACCACCAGGCACCACCGCCAUCCUUCUAUCUGGUGGUCUUGACACGUCUAUCAUUGCCGAGGCGGUGGGCGGGCGGCAGUUCGUUGACGCCAUCACUGUAUCGUGCGGCGACGACGUGGGCAACCCCAAGCACGACUUGUCCUACGCCCAGCACAUUGCGCGCCGUGCCAAGUUGAACCAUCAUGUUGUGUCCAUUCCCGACACGUUGUCCAUCAUGGACCCGUCUCCAUCCGGUGCGCUGUACCUUGCGGUCCAGACGCUGCAGACGUUCGACCCGAUGGAACUCCGCGGUGGCGUGGCCGUCGCCCGCGCACUCCUGCACGCGCAGUCCCUCGGCAUCACGUCCAUCGUGACUGGAGACGGCGCCGACGAAAUGUUCGCUGGCUAUUCCUUCGUGACCACCUUAGCCGAGGACAAGCUCAACGCGUGGCGCGAGCGAGCUGCCAAGCACAUGCAGUUCUGCGCCACCAAGCUGGGCCAGGCGCUGGGCAUCUCUGUAUACCAGCCGUUCGUCCAGCCCGAUGUCGUGGCCUUCGCCUUGUCGUGCACCAAAGCCGACUUGGUAGCGACCCACGACGGCGCCAUCCACGGCAAGUUUGUGCUUCGCGCCGCGUUCCCUGAAGCGUUUUCAAGGUGGCGGGAUAAAGUACCUCUGGAAACCGGGGCGGGCACGACACCUCUGGGCACCCUCUUUGACCACCACACGCCGACAGACGAGUUUGACCAAGAGCGUAAGGAUAUCUUGGCCCAAGAUGGCAUUGCAGUGCGAAGUGCUGAACAUCUGCACUACUACCGGGUAUUUCGGACGAUCUUUCACCGACCAAAUGGCGCCGACUGGACGACCCGCGUCCGGCGGCACGAUUCCGACCCGUGUGUCCAAUGUGGCUUUCAACUGGAACGACCCGACCAGUACUUUUGCAAAACGUGCGGCGCGUGGCCGGCGCGGACGUUGCUCCCGCCGACGUCGUGAGUCUAGUAGAGUCCGAUUUCCACAGAAAACACGAAUAAGUAGUCGAAGUGUGGAGGUCGCAACUACAGUAACGUUAACAUGGGUUGCUGAUGGUUGUGCGCUAA